UUCCUGAAUCUUUGGUUUUCAUUUCUCCAAUUAAUUUAGAAUGUUGAACGUCUUUGAUCUCUAAUCUUUAUCUUUUAUUGAGCUUCUAGCCUUUUUUUUUUUUCAGUAAUCAUUCUGUUUUUUUUUGUUUGAGCUUCCUACACUGCCUGGAUUCAUACAGCCCCAAAAUCAUGUAUUCCGCAAACACAUCAAAAGAAAUUAUCGUUUUCAGAGAUAAACUUUUCUGUCAAUUGAAGUAGUGUAGCAUUCAUGUGAAUGAAAGUUUUUGGGUCUCUGUUAGUGACUCAAUCCGAAGCUUUGUGCAAAUUUUAUUAUUUAUUUUUUAUUUUAUGUUGCAAUAUUAGUUUGUUGCUAAAGAAUGCUGGCUUACCCGUUGGCACACUUCCAUUUGUGCUCUGUGGUCCUGUACCUAUCGACUGUUGCACCUUGGUUUUGGUUUCAUUCCAUUCUGUGGACUGAGCUCUGCCGCUUCAGUGGUGCCAAGAUUUACCCUGGGAAGGGUAUCAGAUAUGUUCGAUCUGAUUCUCAGGUUUUCCUCUUUGCCAAUUCAAAAUGUAAGAGGUACUUCCACAACCGUCUAAAGCCUUCCAAGCUUACCUGGACUGCCAUGUAUAGGAAACAACACAAGAAGGAUAUUGCUGCCGAGGCUGUUAAGAAGAAGCGCAGGACCACCAAGAAGCCAUACUCAAGGUCCAUAGUUGGUGCCACCUUGGAGGUUAUACAGAAGAGGAGGACUGAGAAACCAGAGGUCCGAGAUGCUGCUCGUGAAGCUGCUUUGCGUGAAAUCAAGGAGAGGAUCAAGAAAACAAAGGAUGAGAAAAAGGCAAAGAAAGCUGAGUUGAUGGCCAAAACACAGAAAACACAGGCUAAGGGCAAUGCACCCAAGGGUGCUGCACCAAAGGGCCCCAAGCUUGGUGGUGGCGGUGGAAAACGAUGAUUUUCUUAAAUCUGUUCAUUUCACAUAUUAAGUAGUGUAAACAGUUGAAAUUUUUGUUUCCCUAAUUUCAUGUGUGGAUUACUUUAUUGGUUUUGUUGAAUCAUUACUUGAAAGCUUUUCUGAGGCA